CGGUGGAACUGCUUCCGGGGCCGCCGAGCGCGCGGCGGGAAAUUAUUUCCUAGUAGCAAGAUUAGUGGAGCCGUGAGUGCUACCGCCGUGGUCGUCACCCCUACCGCCGCCCCUGCCACCGCCGCCACCGCCGCCCGUAGAAAACAGCCCAGACCCUCCGGUCGGCCGGGAAGGUAAAGCGCCUCAGCUCGGAAGACGCCAUUCCCCGCGUCCCCAGGCCGCGCCGGUGACAUUCCCGCCGUCCUCGCUGGGCCGCGGCGGCGCCCGGUGCUCGCGCUUUCCACAGCCUUGCUUCCUUCACGGUCGCCCGCGCCGGGGGCCGGGGCCGGGGCCCGCGGCCCGCCCCGCCCCGCCUGGCCGUGUGGCCCGGGGCCUGCCCCGCGGCGUGCUCUCGGCCGCUGCCUGCCGUCGGGGCCGGCGCUAGGCCGCCCGCGUCUCUGGUUUCCAUAGAACCGGCUAGGCUGCCUCCCCUGCCCCCCGGUUCCGGGCUGCUUCCAGACCCUAGCUGCAGCGGAGGUGGCGGGGAGCCCCAGGGCCUGCCUUCCAGUGGGAGGAAAGUCGACACCUUUCUCUCUAGUAGAAUGGUGUCUUUCACAACGCAAGGAAAAUGAGUUUCUAUCUCUGCGGCUGCCAUAGGCUUUGAAUAGAAACGCGUGAACAUCUUCCCUGAGGGAGGGCCUGUGUUCCUGGGGAUGGUCUGCUGCCUGAGCACCAAUGGGAGAUGGUGCCACAAAGCAUGUCAUCCAAAUGACAGGAUUUAAGAUGGAAGAAAAGGAAGCUCUAGUCAAAUUACUUUUAAAACUAGAUUGCACUUUUAUUAAGAGUGAGAAAUAUAAAAAUUGUACACAUCUUAUAGCUGAACGCCUGUGCAAGAGUGAAAAAUUUUUAGCAGCUUGUGCAGCAGGAAAAUGGGUAUUAACGAAGGACUACAUAAUACAUAGUGCCAAAAGUGGCAGAUGGCUUGAUGAAACAACUUAUGAAUGGGGAUAUAAAAUUGAAAAAGACUCACAUUAUUCACCUCAAAUGCAAUCUGCACCUAAAAGAUGGCGUGAAGAGUUGAAACGGACUGGAGCUCCAGGAGCUUUCCACAGAUGGAAAGUUGUCCUCCUUGUGAGGGCAGAUAAGCGAAGUGAUUCUCUUGUAAGAGUUUUGGAGGCUGGAAAGGCAAAUGUCAUUUUACCAAAAAAUUCUCCAAGUGGGAUAACUCAUGUGAUUGCCAGUAAUGCAAGGAUCAGUGCUGAGCAAGAGCAAAAGAACUUUAAGGCUCCGUUUUAUCCAAUUCAGUAUUUAGGGGAUUUUCUUUUAGAGAAAGAAAUUCAGAAUGAUGAAGAUUCCCAAACCAGUUCUGGUUGGACCAAAUACAGCAAUCAAAAAAAAAGCAAAGAUCUUAAGAAAGACACAGGAUUUCUUGAAAUGAAAGCUGCUGGAGAGAGAAUGUAUAGAACCCAGAACAAAAUGGAAAAUCGUGAUGAAAAUGUUAAUGAUAGAUUUGCUCUGAGUCAACAUCACAAAAAAGAAAAAUUCAGAGACUGCAGAAAAGAUAUGAAAUCUAUUAAAAAGAGAAAUACAUUCAGAAGACAUACACAUGAGAAUCAGAAAGAAACUAAGAAAAAAGUUAAAAAUAUCCAAAGGACUUACAUUUUGAGGAAAAAGAACAAAAAAGAAGGUUAUUGCAAAACUGAUGAUGAGCAUGACACACUUAGAAGUCCUUUUCAAAAGCACGUGCAUUACAGAGUACAGAAAGAACUGAAGAGUUCUCUUCUUACUGAUUAUGCCAAUGAAUCAAAAACCAAGGAUCUCAAGACAAAUAUGGAUCUCACGGAAGUAAAAAAUGCCUUAAAGAAGCAGAUAUACAGAGAUAUAUAUAGAGCUCAGGCUGUUCGAUACAACUGCAUCACAAUAGAUAAACAGCCUGUAUACAAUGUAGAGGUUAAAAAUGCAGAGCUCCCCAGAGGGAUAUUAAACUUAAUUGAAAGCCUCAUAGAGGGACAGUUCUUUAAAGAAGCCAUUGAAGAGCUUUCCUCUUUGCAAGCCCAUUAUGUCCCUCCUGUGUGCCUCCUCCAUGCCCUUCUAGAGAAUGUUCUGCAGGAUAGCAUAGAUACCUUCUCUGGUCGGUACUUUCAUAUAUUGUCAGCUCUUCUCCAUCUGCACCCUCCUUGGAAGUCGCCAGCCAUGCUAAGGUACUACUUAGAGCUCUUUCAGUGUCCAGCCUGUAGGGGAGGAGCCUGGUCUCUGGUGGAAGUGCUAAUCAGGUCUUGCCUUUUCAAUGAAGGUUUCUGUCAUCAAAUAUCAGAAAAUAUUGGUUCUAAGGUGGUCCAUCUUACAUUGCUCAAGUUUUUCUUUAAUUUACUUGAAAGUGAAGUACGACAUUUGAGUCAAAAGUUGUGUGACUGGUCCCAUUCUCAGAGUCUAAAGGUAACAGAAAAAGCAAUUCUUCUUGAAAUCUUUUGGUCAGGAAGUGAAACUUCAGGACUUUUGACAAAACCAGUAAAUAUGCUUUUGGAAUGGACUAUAUAUUCUCACAAGGAAAAAUGCAAGUCUAAUGAUGUCUUCAAACAUGAGCUAGCUUACUUACUGACUGGGAUUCUUGGAGCAGCAAUAGAUUAUUGGAUCUUCCUUGGUAUUCAGAUGGGUAGAAAUGUGAUCCGACACAUGUCUGAUGACUUAGGAAGUUAUAUCUCCCUUUCCUGUGAUGAUUUUUCUUCACAAGAACUAGAGACCCUCAUUUGUUCUUUCUCGUCUUCCUGGCUUCAGAUGUUUGUUGCAGAAGCCAUCUUCAAGAAGCUGUGCUUACAGGGCCCCACCAGUGCUUGCGCCGCCGAGCCUCUCUCUCUCCAGAAAAUAAUAGACUCCUAUUUGCCUGUUUUGGGAGAAAUGGACAUACAUGGAGCUGGAAAGAUGCAGUUGCCAAAAAAAAUCGGCCAGCGGCCUUGCCUAGAGUCUCAGAGAGCGUUACUAAUGCUGAAUGGUGCAAAGCAAAAACAAGUUGAAGGUCGGCCAGAAUUUCCAGAGUUGAACCGUGCUAAAUGUUCCUCAUCAUUGAAAAAAUUGAAGAAGAAGUCAGAAGGAGAAUUGUCAUGUUCCAAGGAGAAUUGCCCCUCUUUGAUUACAAAGAUGAAUUUUCACAAAACUAAUCUAAAAGGGGAAACAGCUCUGCAUAGAGCUUGCAUAAAAAACCAAGUGGAGAAAUUGAUUUUUCUUCUCUCUCUGCCAGGAAUAGACAUCAAUGUUAAAGACAAUGCUGGCUGGACGCCUUUGCAUGAAGCCUGUAACUAUGGCAACACAGUGUGUGUCCAGGAAAUUUUGCAACGUUGUCCAGAGGUAGAUCUGUUCACUCAAGUGGACGGGGUGACUCCUUUGCAUGAUGCACUGUCAAACGGACAUGUUGAAAUUGGCAAGCUGCUCCUACAGCACGGGGGCCCAGAGCUUUUACAGCAGAGGAACUCUAAGGGGGAGUUGCCUUUGGAUUAUGUGCUGUCACCUAAAGACAAGGAAGAACUCUUUGCUAUUACCAAUAUAGACGAUACACUGGACAACUUCCAUGCUCAGACACAGAAACGUUUCUAUCACCAACAGCUUGAAUUUGGUUCAUUUUUACUUAGUAGGAUGUUGCUUAGUUUUUGUUCAAUAUUUGAUUUAUCUUCAGAAUUCAUCCUAGCUUUCCAAGGGUUGGCUCAUCUAAGUGAGCUGCUUACAGCAUGUAGUAGUGACACAGAGCCCCCCAGUGCACACGCUGACUGGUUACUGGAUCUCUACGCUAGAAACACAAAGACGUUAAAGAAGCUCCCAGAUGUUCUUAAGGAAUUGCCUACAAAUCUAAGUGGGAGUCCUGGAGUGCACACUGAGGCCUUGUUGGUGACACUGGAAAUGAUGUGUCGGUCAGUCACAGAGGUGUCAUGAUGCCAGAAAGUGCGAGUCAGUUUCUAAACAGGCAACUUGCUUUGCUACUUAGGGUAGUCAUAGCUUAUGGACAAGUGACAGAAUUACAGCAGGUUUUCAUAGCACUUAAAAAACAUCUGCAGAACUAGAAUAUGGGCUCCCUUUCCAGUGUUUAGAGUUUAACUCAGAAAGAUACAGUAAUAAAAUGAACUAGUUUUGUUGGGUAUAAAAUGCUUCUAUUAAUCUUUAAAAUUUUUUGUUCUGAAAAUAUUUAUUUAUAUUGUUUAUACAGAAAAUUAAAUAUUUUUCAUAUCAAAAUGUCCUUUCCUCUAAGCGCUAUAGGUUUUAAAAUCAUGGUAAGGAUAUUCAUUAAAAUGUGUAUCUAUAUACUUGUAAAACUUUUUUCUCCUUUUUAGGCUAAUGUCUAAGGUGCACUUGCUUUUCUGUGUUUCUAAAAUAAACCUUUCUAGAAUUUUAAAUUAUAUUU